CGGGCCGAGGGGAGGGAGGUGCCCGCCAUGGAGUCGCGGGGGGAGCCGCAGCCGCGGAACAGGAUGAGCCAGGGGAGCGCAAACCCGGCCGCGGUCCCACACGCUGCUGAAGACAUCCAGGGGGAUGACAGGUGGAUGUCACAGCACAAUCGGUUCGUCCUGGACUGCAAAGACAAGGAGCCCGACGUGCUCUUCGUGGGGGACUCGAUGGUGCAGCUGCUGCAGCAGAACGAGAUCUGGAGGGAGCUCUUCUCGCCACUUCACGCCUUGAAUUUUGGGAUUGGUGGAGACACCACAGGACACGUCCUAUGGAGACUGAAGAAUGGUGAACUGGAGAACAUUAAACCCAAGGUCAUUGUUGUUUGGGUUGGAACAAAUAAUCAUGAGAACACGGCAGAAGAAGUCGCCGGUGGAAUUGAGGCUAUCGUGCGCCUGAUCAACACCCAGCAGCCACAGGCCAAAGUCAUCGUGCUGGGCCUGCUACCUCGUGGAGAGAAGCCAAACCCCCUGAGGCAGAAGAAUGCCCAGGUGAACCACCUGCUGAAGGCCUCGCUGCCCAAGCUGCCCAAUGUCCAGCUGCUGGACGUGGACGCCGGGUUCGUGCACUCGGACGGCACCAUCUCCUACCACGACAUGUUUGAUUUCCUGCACCUGACGGGAGGGGGGUAUGCAAAGAUCUGCAAACCCCUCCAUGAACUCAUCAUGCAGCUGCUGGAGGAGACCCCCGAGGAGAAACGAGCUGCCCUGGCCUGAGCAGCUGAUGUCAGCAGUCACAACGUCACCCAGCCCAUCAGAUCCGUUCUGUCACUGGCACUACAGAAUCCUUCUUUCUUAAAGCACUUUCCAUUGUAGAAUGUUCCCGGAUGUUCAUCCCUAGUGUUUUGAGGGGGAAGGCUCAUCUUCAACUGGUCUUGUACCUACGAGGGCCGGCUUGCUUGGUUUUAUUGCAGGAGGAAACUAGCUGAAGAAGAGUUUUACUUUUAAACCAUUCCUCAUUUAAAGCGAGAACAGGACUGUCACUCUGUGCCCCUCUCGUGUCUUGUUGCGCUGUGGUUGUCCUAGAACCCCUGUAGCCCAUCUCAAGGGCACGUGCACAGCUCUGGCCACGCUCCAGCCGUAGGGAUCGCGCUCUCUGUAGUAGCCUCUGAACAAGAAUCACAUUCCAGUCGCAAAAGCCAGAACAGAUGCAUUUUUCCAAACCCGCUCCCACCUUUUAAAGCUUUUUUCAGUUUUGUUUGGGGUGGUUUUUUUGUUGUUUGUUUUUUGUUGGUUUGUUUUUUUUUCCCUGGGGGGUUUUAAGUGACGCGUGUUGCUCUCUCACUCCUUCUUUCCGAAGCAGCAUGAAACUGGAAUUCAGAAAUGUAAAGAAACAAACGGUUUCCCAGACUCGUGUGA